UUGCUGUACCGAGCACUUUGUGACGCGGGAGGUGCAGUGUUUGAUUUUUUUUUCACCCUCUUCACCUAAAACUCGCUAAAAUAAUCAUUAACAGUCGUACAACGAGUGAAAGAAAUACGCAAGUUGCGUCUUAUCACUGAGAGAGAAAAAACGAAAAAAAAGCCCAAUCCCAGAAAAAGUACAGGGAGGUUGUUUUUCAGGGUGUGCCCAAAGCGACACCCGGCGUCGUCAAGGUACUUAUCGUUGCGUUGGUAGAGCGGCACAAAGAUAACGAAUCAUGUGUGAGCGAGUGCGAGGGAGAGAACGAGUGUGAGAGAAAGAGCGACAUCACCACCGAGUUAUUGACAGAGACGGAAAUCCAAGAAAUAAAGAGUGAGAGAAAAAAAUAAAAAAAAAGCAAACAACAACGUACAGGAGCGAGAUGAACCGAGGGCUAAACUCAUUGGAGGGAAUAAGGACGCACUGAGUGUUGUUCUCAAUCGAGAACUGCUUUUACCUCCAGGACUCGUCCUCAAACCAGCCACUGAUACUUCACCGUCGCAUACAUCAUAUCCACGAAUUGUAUUAGUCCAGAAAAUUACUCGUCGGGCUAUUUGAAGUACGCAUGUCGCCCAACUUUUGACAUAAUCUCAGUGCUACUGUUUGUCGUUUAUUCUUUCUCUCUUUGGCAUUAUUUUUUUAGUGUCAUUUUUUUGUGACACUUGCUCAGGUGAACGUGUAUUUGUGGGAUAACCGUGCGCCGGGUGUAACGGAUAAGUGUGGCGCGCACGGGAGUUUUGCGAUAGGAGAGAAGAGUGCGCGGUGGACGCGCCCGCUGUCGGUGAAAAAAAGGGUGUGCGUGUAUAAUAAUCGGGGGAGAAAAAAAAAAAUACAUGCAGUGGAGUGUUCAAAAAUCCCCGAUAAAUAUCAAUCAAUUGGAUUUUCAACAGUACGAACCAUUUGGUGUGAAGUGUUUGUGAGACGGUGGUGUGUGUUGCAGCAACUAAAUCGUCCUGAUAUAUCUGGGGUGAUUACAGAAAAUAAAUAACAGUGAGAAGAAGUUAAUAACUGUGGAGACGAACGACGUUGUGGAACUAGAGAGGGAAAAACAGGAAAAAAAAGGAGAAAAGGGGGAAAAAAAAAGGAGCAGGUGUCUCAAUGUCGGUGUUGAUUCGACUGUUCGUCGUCGGGAGGUCUGAACACCAUUCAAUACAAUGAAUUGGACCAAUGCCGGAGGCGCUUGUUUCCGAUGGAUUGAAAGAGGAGUAUCCUGGAGAUAGUUGGUUACACGUCACAUGAAAGGAUUGAUAUGAGUGAUAACUGAUGUGAUGAUGAAUUGGUGAUUGUGGUGGCUGUGAUAUUGAGAGUGAAAUGGUGUUUUGAAACGAGUGUAGAAUUGGUGGAUUGGUGAAUAGUGAAUAAAGGAGAUUGCAAGCCAUUUAUCAUAAACGAGAGAAAGGGAGAGAGAGAGAGAUAGAAAGAGAGAGAGAAAGAGAGGGAGAGAGAAAGAGAGAGAAAGAGAGAGAAAGAGAGAUAGGUAGAUAGAUAGAUAUAGAGGGGGUUACGAGAGGAUUAAGAAAGGGUUGAGAGAGGGUAGAGCGAGAGAGAGAAAGAGAGAGAGAGAGACGAGAAAAAGUGGUAGCGGUAAGGGGGUGUACCAGGGUGUCGAAAUAGGUGAUAAGUGAUGUGUUCGAUGGACGAGGAGCGUCUUGUGGGCGGUGGUCGGGGUUCAAGCACGUUAACCAUCGGAUCCUACUUGGGACCGGCGAGAAAAGGCGUCGAGUCGGUGGCAAGGCUGGCGGGCGCCGGGGAAAAGGUUCCAAGGGCAUGGCGACCACGCCAAUAGGCGGUCGCCUCCCUAAUUCAAACCGCAAAGGAAUCUCGCCGUGCGCGGCGAUACCAGCAACACCGACAAGUGUCGGUGAUAAGGGCGGUAACAGCUGUAAUAAUCACACCGUUCAAAGUAGAUGCGAGCGUAAAAAUAAUCGCGAUCAGGGUAUUAUUUAUCAGGAACAAAUUCGAAGACAGAGUUGUGAUAAGUCGGGGGGGACGUGUCGUGAGUUGAAAACAGCUAGCACAGUGGCUGCUAACGCCGGGGAAACGGACACGGCCGCGACAAAUGCGACCAACAACUUCGAGUACGACGACAAUGAAUGGGACAUUGGCAUAGGCGAUCUUAUAAUCGACCUUGAUGCUGAUAUAGAGAAGACGAGGGACGAGAAAUUGAGCUCGGGAAACGGGAUGGCUUCAACGCCUGCCUCGGCAGCAACGGCCACAGCAAAUCAAAAUCAUCAGAUACAGCAGAAUUCAACAUCCAAUCAGAAUUCAUCAUCAUCAACAACAACAUCAAUAAUAACAAGUGGUAACGGUCAGUCAGCCUCUUUAUCGUUGUCGUGCUCGUCGUCCACCUCCGCGUUGCCGUCCUCAUCAGUUAAUUCAACAAAUUCCGUUAACUCUGGCAAUACCAGUGGUAAUACAACAUCAACCACUAAUAAUAAUCAUAAUAGUAGUAAUAAUAACUCAACGGGCAACGGUCCAACUGGUAAGCAACAGCCAAGCGCGGUUAACGCGGUACACACGAACGCCGGAAAUCCCGGCAAAAUGGCUGUUGAACACUCGGCUACUGUUGACAAGGGCCUCAAAAUGAAGAUAAAACGCACUAAACCAGGUACAAAGACCAGCGAGGCAAAGCACGAGAUUGUCAAGUCUAAUGAGAUCAAUGGUACAUCCUCAUCAUCAGCAUCAUCACAAGACGCUACUGGCAAUUCAUCAUCCUCAAACUCAUCGACCUCAUCGUCGACAUCAUCGACAUCGUCGUCAUCCUCAUCGUCGGUAUCAUCCCAAAAUUCAAUUGCUGAAGUAACAAGCAAUAAUUCCUCCUCAUCCAACAAGUCCAAGCCACACUCCCCGGCAUCAGCGACUUCUGGAGCCCAAGCCACCUCGACCGCUGGCUCUAAACGCGGAUCAAGUGGUCAUCGUAGGGAUAAGGCAAGGGAUAAACACGAUAAACAGCCGCAGAGUAAUCACGGCCAACAGCAAAAUAAACCCGAGAUGAAUGGUACAGCUAGGCCCGUAUCCCAGAGUCAAAAUUCAACGGGCGCUGCGGCCCAGUCCCAAGGACCAACUCCCGCCGCAACAGCACCCCAACAGAGCCAAGGUCCACCACCUAGCUCAAGAACGGGCUUCCCUGUGGCACAAGGUGCUGGACCACCUGCAACAAGUGCAGCAGCACCCUGUCCACCACCGAGUCCAGCAUCAGCGACAGCCGCUGGUUCAGCUGCUAAACCCGAACAGACUAAAGUUGCUGCUGUACCAGGACCAAAUCUCAAUACUAAUGUCGAUGAGGCUAUGGAUACAGCAGCAUGUAGUCCACCGCCAACGAAAAAAUUAAAGACUUCGAGUAACGAACCAAAGGAUAUGUCAGACGUGUGUGUUGGAACGAGUGUCGGAACCAUAACAGAACCUGAAUGUCUGGGGCCGUGUGAACCUGGAACAGCGGUAACACUUGAGGGAAUAGUUUGGCAUGAGACAGAAGGAGCAGGUGUAUUGGUCGUUAAUGUAACGUGGCGGGGUAAAACCUACGUUGGUACCCUAUUAGAUUGUACAAGACACGACUGGGCGCCACCGCGUUUCUGUGAUUCACCAACGAGCGAUUUAGAUGCAAGAACACCAAAGGGCCGAGGCAAGCGUGGCCGUGCUGCGGCUAAUGCAACACCUGGCAAUGACCUCAGUAAUUUCACCGAGACACGUAGCUCGGUGCACAGUAAAUUGAGAAAUGGUGGUGCUAAAGGUAGACGAGGUGCACAGGGUUCGCCAGCGGCAAGUCCAAGCCCAGCGGCAUUUGUACCACCUAGGCCCGAUCCAGCGGCAAAAAGAAAGUCACGUGGUCCCGAGGAGGAUGAAAAAACCAAGAGAAGAGUGGUGGCAGCUGUUGCACCACCACCAACACCACCAAGUGGCUCACCACCGGCUAGUCCAGUUCUCAUUGAAUGUCCCGAGCCGAACUGCAGUAAAAAGUACAAAAAUAUAAAUGGCCUGAAGUAUCAUCAGAGCCAUGCCCACGGCUCAGCCGAUGAUGAUGAUACCAAGGAGGGUAUUACAAGUAUGUCAGAGAAUGACGAGAGUAAUAUCGAAGCACCCAGUCCAGCUACACCUGUUAAAUCACCAGCGGACAAGCCCGAGGGUACACCAGUGAGACCAACUAGUCCUCCAGUUGUUCCACCAGAGACACCACCACCGAGGGUGCCAUCACCAACAGCCGAGCCAACACCAACAUUAGCUGACAAGAGUAGUAGUAUUGUCAAGCCUGGUGUACUGAGGUUUGGCCAGGAGGAUUUACCAGCCCCAUCGAUUCAGUCAAGUCCAAGACCUGUUCAACCAGUACCAACUGCACAGCCACUACAACCAGUCAAUCCCCCACAGAGCCCCAGUCCCCAUCCAAGUCAAUCACCAAGGCCUGUACCAUCGCCUCACUUGAACACAAACAUUCCUCAACUGAUAAAUAUACCCCAGCCACCACAGCCCACGCAACUUGUCCAGCAUCAGUUGCAGAAUCAGUUGCUCCAGGCACCACAGGCACUGAUGAAUCAGCCGCAAUCACAACCCCAGACAAUGCCAAGUCCUCAGCCAGCGCAGAUUCAGCCUGCCCAUCAAAUACCCAUACAACAUACCCCUCAACUUGGCCAGCAGCCAGCCCCAGCUCACAUGGUGCAUCAAACGCCUCUACCCCAACAGCCAGUACCACCUCCACCACCUCAGACAUCUCAGUCACAACAGGCCAAUCUUCAAACGUUGAGUCAACAUCCUGGCUUGACUAUUCCCACGCAAAUCACUCAACAGCAGCAACAGGCAAUGCAAAAUCCAGCACCUGGACAUGUACCCACACACAUGCAGUAUCCCACUGUUGGAUUACAUGGAAAGAUGCCACAGUUCAAGGUCAAGCCGACGGCAGCUCUUAUGCCUGAGCAGGACAAGAGCAAAGACCCGAGAACACCGAAGCCCCAGGGUUACAAGAAGAAAUCGAGAAAGUCACCGGGUGGAAGUCCACAUCCUUCGCCCUUGGAGACACCAAUGGUGGAUCCAGCGAGAGAGGAUGUCCAGAGUCCAGCGUACUCAGACAUAUCUGACGAUGCGGCACCGGUUCUCGAGGCUGAAUCAGCGGACAAAGCGAAACAGGGACAGGACAAGGAUGUGAAACCAGGGGGACAGACGCAUUUACCACCUCAUUUCAGUAUGUACCCAUAUUAUGGACAACCUCCUUACCUAGUGCCCAAUGUUCAGGACAAGCAGGGAGACCAGAAGCCCAGUGAUCUCACUCCAAAGCAGGAGCUCAAACCCCUGAAUAUCCCCCAGAUGCCCUCGAUGGCGAGCCUCCAGAAUCCCGACAAAGAGAAGAAAGAUUUGUAUCCACCACAGCAGCAGGCUCACUAUUACGGUGGCUACGGUGGUUUCAUUCCCUCGACUUAUCCCCACCAGGCAGUGAGCCAGCCACAGCAGCAGCCACCGCCACCCCAGCAAAACGAUCAGGAUCCGCACGACCAGAAGACAAAGAUCAAACAGGAGUCACAGCAGCUGCCUAGCAUGAAGGACAAGCAGCACGAGAAUCACCAGAUUUUGAAAGAAAGUAUAGAAAUGAAGAGUCAGAUGAGUCCUUAUCACGUUUAUCACGGUCAAAAUCGUCAGUCAGCUCCUCCAGUUCAGGACGACAGGAGGUAUUACCUGUACCCUGGUGAGCAGAGGAGAAAGGAGGACGUGGUGAAGGCACCACAGCAAGCAAAACCACCUCCUCCCAGUCCGAAGCAUCAGUCGAAGCAGGAGAAGCCUCAAGACCUCGGUAAAAGUGACGACUCCAAGAAUAAACAGGAGGGGGUAAAGCCGACGAUGGAAACACAGGGCCCACCACCACCUCCAACCUCUCAAUACGCUUACAUUCAUCCUGGUGCAUACAUGCCACCCCAGCAUUAUGCUGGAUUACCCUUUGACCCUGGACACCCUGUUUACAGGGGUCUCAGUCCCAUUAUGGUGCCAGGUCCUUACUCUGGCAAUCCAUAUCUCCAUCAGCUCCCAAGGUAUCAUGCACCUGAGGAUCUGUCAAGACCACCUGGUGGUAAAGCGUUGGAUCUGCUUCAGCAUCAUGCGAAUCAGUACUACUCAGCGCACAAAAUUCACGAGCUUCAGGAGCGAGCACUUAAAUCACCAACUCCAAAGACAUCAGCUGCAUCGGCUAGUCCAUCAGCAGCUGGUCCAACACCAGCUAGACCACCGAGUGGACCACCAACAUCUGUUGCUGGGCCUGGACCGCCCAGCGGUCAGGGGCAACAGCAGAAUAAACAACAGGUACCUGGUAAUCCGCAACAAUCAGCACCUGGUGAUCCUGGUAAUGGGGGAAUUGGAAAGGACAGCAGAUCGCCACCUCCACAGAGGCAUGUUCACACCCAUCAUCAUACACACGUUGGGCUUGGCUAUCCUCUGUUGACUGGACAGUAUCCUGCCCCUUAUGGAGCGGCCGUGCUGGCGAGUCAGCAGGCUGCCGCUGUAGCCGCUUCGGUGAUCUCGCCCUUUCCACCCAAGUGACCCGCGGCCCCCGCACCCAUUCCCGCAACCGGAAAUUCAGCACAAACCCACCACACACAUCCGACAUCCACCGCAACCGGUGCCAGUGUGCUGCACUCGCACGCCAAUCCUGCCAGACAGCCGUAAGACCCAUCGAAGAUCAUUAUUUAACCAAGUGGUAAAACACACGGACAAACUCAUUAAAACCCCUGCCCCCAUUCCUUAAAAAAAUCAGUCCUCCACAAGCCCCAGCUAAAUUACGAGAUUAUUUAGAUGAAAAUCUCUUCGUCACUUGGCCAUCAAUUUCAAUUUGGUGAUUAUCGAGUAGAAAUUUAUGGCUAUGUGAUAUCGACGGUUUAUCACUCUGUCAAUCAUACGUCAAUUGAAAAUCGUUCGCGACAAGAAACACGGUUCACUGACAAGUAGCAAAAAGGAUCUCCGUUAAAAUAGAGUUUUUUUUCUUUCUUAAUAUUCCAAAAAUCAGUAGGCGCUAUUACUUAAUUGAAUGGAGAAUUGAAAAAUGUGUAAAGCGUAGGGAAACUGACGAGUGAGAGAUGAAUCCCAGAUAUUUUAGCAUUUUAUAUUAUUUUCAAUGCAAUUAUUCGAAAUUCACGGACCUAUGGAAGGACUCCUGAUAUUGCCAGCAUUUAUAUAAAGAAAAAAAAAGCAAAAUCUGGGAGAAAAAUCCGCAAACAACUCCUCCCCCCCCGACCCGUAAACCCCUGUAUUUUAUCUCCGUGUAAUUGUAAUUAAUUGCGGGUGAUUAUUUUUUUAAUAUGAUUACUGAGUUGUUUGUGAUGCCACAUGAUCUGUAGAUAAUUCCAAGGGGUAACUAGAUGAAAACUAGUGCCUCGUAGACGAUUUUUUAUGAUUGAUUGCACAUUGAUAAAUUGAUUCAAGGCCUCUCGGAUCGAUAUCUGGGAAUGAAAGAAGAGAAAUGACUCUGAAUUUUGAAAAGAAAAGAAAAACAUUAAAAAUACGACUAAUACUCUGUAUCGACUACGUAGUUUGUAAAUGAACUGAGGCAAUUUAGGACGAAACCUUCGGGGGUUAUGACAUCCUCGAAUCAUUUGUACAUAUUGUAAUUAAUGGAAAACGUCAAUGUAUACACUAAUGUAUAUCCAUUGACUAGUGAGUAUAUAUAUUUAUAUAUAUAUGCUUGUAGAGUGAGAUGGUACUAUCUGUAUAAAGAUUUUAAUAACGAAUGGUGAAAAAGAGAGCAUAAUUAUCCAGGUCAAGAAUUUAUAUCAUGGGAAUACCUCCUAUUCUUCCAUUGGAGUGAAGGAGCAAGAGAAUUUAAUCCAUUUGAUGAAAUAGUGGGAAUGACAGGGAGUCAUACACAUCAUGAAUAUGCAUGGUAAUUUGAGAGAAUUGAUUGAAAAUAUUCCCAGACCACAAUCGUUAUGACGACUAUGCAGAUUUAAAAAAAAAAAUAUAUAUAUUUACAAUCUGCUUUUGAGUGGAAAGUCCUGGUAGACUGAAACUUGGGGGAAAAUGUCUAGGAAUCGUUUGAAACUCAGUCAUGGAUGUGCGUUAAACUUGACAGACAAACAAUUGGACGUGAUUGUGAAAUGACAACUAGAUGAGAAUAAUAUUCAUUUGAAUUUGUAAAAUAUAAAGGAAGUAAGUGAGUGUGUAGUUCUUGUGCAUAGUAAAAAUGUAAAAUGUAUGAGAAAGUAAAGAUUUAAAUUGUGUGAUAGAUUGUCACAAAUCCGCUGUCCGAAUCAAUGUAUUUUAUUGUAAAAAAAUAAUAUCACAGACUUGGAUUUUUGUAGAGAAAUGUGUGAAUGAGUUGGUAAUGAGGGAUGAAAAUAUUCAUGAUAAAUCACGAGUAAAUCUAUUGAGAUAAUGCAUAAAGUAUGACCUUAUAUCUAUUAGGUGAAAAUAGAUUUAUUAUGUAAUGGACAAAUGAUUCGUGGUGAACGAUGUGAAUGAUACAUCAGACGAUUAAAGAAUUAUAUAAAGGAUAAUUGAUAAGUCACAAGAGAAAUCAUGAUUCUAAAUAAUUAAGUGGCGUUAAGUAAUUGUAAAUCGAUAAAAAAUAAUAAGUAGAAUGCUAUUUGUUUACUAAAAAUAAUCAUAGUUAUGAAGCUGAGAUGAGUGUGAAGUGAGAGUGUGAUAGUAGAGAGUGAGAAUGUGCAUGUAGUGAUAGUGAAAAAAUGAGAUGGUGACGAAAUAAAGAAAACAACUAGUAAUGGGUAAAUAAAAAUACAAAAAACGUAUUAAUUAUUAUAAAUAUACAAUUAUACAAUUUAGGUAACAAAAAAAAACUACAUAAUAUUAGUUCGGUAACGAUUUAAUUACGAUUUAUUAUUUUAUUUUUAUUAUCAUCAUUGCCAUUGCGAUAAUGAGAGACAAAAAAAAAUAAUGUAUGAACACACUUUGUGAUCCUGUAGCAGGAUUACAAAGUUAAUUAUUGGACAGCAUAGUGUUGCAAAUGCCAAAUCAAAAGAACAGUUAAUGUGUGUCAUUAUUAUUUUCUAGUGACUAUUAAAACGACAUCUCAAAAUUAUAAAAUCCACAUUACUGAAACGACAUAGAAGCGAACGGGGGUGCCUCAGUUUUAAUGGGGCCCAAAGCGGAGAAGGGGUAGGCUUUAAAAUAAAUGCUGGUGCUGUGCUGUGAUUUUUACUAAAAACAAUGAGAAAAUAAAACUAAAAAUAAAAAAAAAUGUAAUGAUAACAAAAUGGAGGGACUUACCGACGACGAAAUGAAAAAAAAAGCUUUUUAUGAAAAUAUGCAGAUAGCCUAAGUACCUGGAUCCUGCCCUGCGCUCUCCGCCAGCUACUGGAGUUUAAAUAAAAUCGAAAAUUAAUAACAAUUGUGUAACGUUUGUAUAGGCUGUACAAUGUAUUUGCUUUGGAAGGUGAGAAAAUUAAUAAAACGUAUAGAUUGUUUCAAAAAGUAAAUCAUUACAAACGGAGAAAUGAAUCUGUCUCUUGGAAAUCGAGUACGUUUUACUAUUUUACCCGAAAUGCAUUUUCUAUCGAGUUUAAUAAAUUCAGCGUAAUUAGACGAGUUUAAAUUAACGAUUGGAAAACAAAACUCUGAAAUACGAGAUCCACUGGUAAAAUUAUGAUAAUUAAAUAAGAAAAUUGACUGAUAUCGGUAACAUCAUUCUGCAUCAAAUUUAUUUUUAUUCUGUAGGGUGGAAAUAGUAAACCGUUGCGCUUUAUAUAUUACAUAACUCGAAUAUAUAAACAUGCAAUUAACACAUUACGUACAGAAGCAAAUACUGAAAAACAAGUUAAUAAAAAUGCAGACGUCUUGUCGUUAAAUUGUAAGAUAUUGUGUUCAGAAUCCGGAAAUGUACUCUGACCCCUUCCCCCAGACUACUAUAUAUUAAAUAUAUUGUGCACUAUGCUCCGACUUGUCCAUACAAAUAAAUAUAUCAAAAAAUCUCA